CAACGGUCUGCGGAGAGGAAAUCCCGGUACUCCGUGGGCUUUUAUUGGCGGUGAGCGCUGUGAACCUCGUCUUUACUAGCAGAGCCAUGGGUAACUGUCAUGUUUCUCACAAGCUCACAAAGUCUCCCGUCAUUCCUUCUCGACUUGUAAGCAGACCACUCGCAUAUUGAUCCGUAUCCGGGAUGACAAAGUGUCGGUGACCAUAGCGCCAACCUGGGACUCGGUUAUCUGUUCUGAUGUUCAACAACAGCCCACUCUAAAGACAAUUCUGUCACCUGUUCAUCUCGAGGUCAAUUCAGUGGUGUUGAUCUGUGCUUCUUCUCUGUACAUUUAGCUUGGAUCUGAGGUCGAAGUCAGACUGGCUGCUCAUCCUUGGUGCGAACUGACAUAAUCAAAGCAUCGUCGACACGCACACUUGACCGCUCCUUCAUCCGUGCCGACCCCUUAACCUACACGAUGAAGCUCCGUUGACUCGCCCAUGAUCAUCCCCCCACGUUUCGAUCUCUCAAGCUUCAAGGUUAAACUUGGCGCUUUGACCGCGACACAGGAACCCAUCAAACCCGAAAAGUCAUAUGCAUAAGCCCGCGAUCCCUCAAAUAUUUCACCGUUGCACCCCAAUCCGUCCCGAGCUCCUCGUGUGAAACCGGGUUGGCCUUCCUCAAUAUACUCCGUCACCGGAGCCCUGUUACUCGAUCUAUUCUGGCGAUCUCCUUCAUCUGCUACGACAAGACGAUGGCCCGUGCAUGCCUACCUGAAAUAGAGGAUCGAUUAUACCCCGCUUCCCCACGAUUCCCUAAUCCCAAUCAGACCGACGCGACGUCAAUUAUGAUAGACAACAGACAUGCACCCAGACUUCACCGUCAAAUCUCGCGCACUGUCCCACGACUUACCAUGCACGACAAUUCGAAGCAGAUUUCGGUGCUUCAUAGCGCCUGAGUACACAUUUGGUGAGUUCCCUCGACCUCUCCAACAUUGCAUGAUCCUCUCUGUUUUAUAUAGCAACGAAAAACAAACAUAUCACGAGCAUGGCCUCGCUUUCCGGAACCGUCUUCACAUGUCACUCCGUCCCUUUCAUCCUCGUAACCCAUUCCCGUCCCUUUUCCUGCUUGCACAACACUCGAGAACGGUCUCGUCUGAGUCGACGUCUAUUUUUGUCGUCGGCUCCCGUCCUCUGCCUCUCCGUGUUUUGUUUUCUUCAUUUCCGCCUCCCCUUCUCCACCCUUUCGCCUCUCCUUCUCUUCCCUCUCGCCUCGCCUCCUCUUCUCUCUCGCCUCUCCUCCCUUCCACCCCUAUUUCGUCUUCCAUCUCGUCCACAGUUUGGCGAUUCAAGACUGGGGUGUCCUCCCGUGGAACUUCAUUCGGACGAGUAUCGCGAUGAUCAUCGAUUCGAUCGGCUUGGCUUGGAAUCCGUGACGUUUGGAGCUCUCGAGUCCAAGAAAAUUGAGGGUCUUGCGCAGGCUUGCUUGCUUCCAACGAAGUUCUUCUACAGCCC